AUGAGCAAGUCUAUGGAAGGAAAGCUUUUAGCAACUGAAAUGGACUUCCUCAGAAGAUCGGCAAGAAAAUCAAAAUUGGAAAAAGUGCGAAAUGAAGAAAUAAGGAGAAUAACGAAGAAAGAGAUAACCAUCAUAGAAGAAAUCCAAAAAAAACAAUUAAUUUGGUAUGGGCAUGUAAACAGAAUGGGAGAAGAAAGGCUUCCAAAGAAUAUAAUGAAAUGGAUCCCAACUGGAAAAAGAAAACGAGGAAGACCCCGAGAGACAUGGUUAAAGGGGGUAACAAAGGCAAUGUCAUUGCGCAAUUUACAAGCCGAUGACUGGAUGGACAGAAGGCAAUGGCGGCAAGGAACCGGCAGGCGGAUCACGCUGUAG